AUGGAGCACUUUCAGGUAUACGAUCCGGCCUUCCACACGCUAACAGGAGACGCCCCCCAGCUCGAACUCCUGCUCGAAAAGGACUAUCCCUUUGCUCAUGAAGCCGGCGUCUUCAUUCCCGAGAAAAAUGAGCUGUUCAUCACGAGCAACCAAUUAGUCGACGGUGACGGUCGUCGCAGAGUGCAGAUCACCAAGAUCAUUAUCGGGCAGGAUGGGACGGCACAGAGCGAGGAGAUCAGCUGUCCCAGCGUCGAGAUGGCGAACGGCGGUGUCAAUUAUGACCAGGACAAGUGGCUGGUCUGCGCCCAAGGCUCGCACUCUGGCCCUCCGGGCGGUCUCUACUUUGUGGACAUCAAUCCUCCGUACAAGACCGAGCUGGUCGUGGCCGAUUUCCACGGACGGCCUUUCAACUCGGUCAAUGAUGUCGUCGUCCACAGUGACGGGAGUAUCUGGUUUACCGACCCCUGCUACGGCUUCGGUGGGGGUUUCAAGCCCAGGCCGCGUCUUCCAAACCAGGUCUACAGAUACGACCCGACAUCGCGCGGCAUUCGCGCCGUGGCCGACGGGUUCGGCCGACCGAACGGGAUCUGCUUCUCGCCUGACGAGAAGACCGUCUACGUGACCGACACCGACUGGAUCCAGACCCUGGACAACAUCGAUGACACGAGAGCAUCGACCAUAUACGCCUUCGACGUGCAGCAGUACGCGGGCCAGCCGUUCCUGACGAAUCGCCGGCUCUUUGCGUUCUGCGAGACGGGCAUCCCGGACGGCAUCAAAUGCGACAUGGACGGCAACGUGUACAGCGGCUGCGGCGACGGCGUGCACGUCUGGUCGGCCGGGGGCGUGUUGCUGGGGAAGAUCCGCGUGGCGGGCGGCGUGGCCAAUUUCUGCUUCGGCCGCCGUGGCGAGAUGUUUCUGCUGAACGAGACCAAGGUGUGGCGGGCCCGGCUGGGGGGCGCGGUGCGAGGAGCCCUUCUCAAAAUAUAA